AUGUUCAGAUUUGGAGGUAACUUGGUUCACAAAAAGUGCAUUGAGAAUGUUCAGGGUGGUCCAUCAUCAUCGUUUGCUCUUUUACUCAACCUUGUUGGGGCUACAUUCUUCGCUCCUCCGAGGUCCCACAGCGACGUUACUUGUGACCCGAUCUUGCCUCGAGGGUUUACACCCACGCCAGACCCACAAGUUACUCAAAGUCCAAACGGGGUGCCAUUUGAAAAGCUACUACGAAAUUUGCCAAAUGAGAUCUGGGAUACGAUUGAAGGUUAUGGGAUUGGACGACUGGUCUUCGUCAUGAAGCUUAGCUUGCAGAUAAGAGAUCUGCCACCAAUUCCACCCGAGGAUCGCAAGCAAGCUUUCUCUGUCGAGAAUGUAUGGUUGACGGGUGACUUUAUGAGAAUCUCUGUUAUAGAACUUGGUGGAAGGUACUAUAUUGCGGAUAUCUCGAACUCUCGAGCCGCCGAUGAUCAAGCAACUUGUCGGGAAAGACUGACACGACUAUCACACUUCAAAAUAACGAGUUACGACUUCCCUUUGGCGAAAGGAAAUUAUCUUGCGGUGAAAAGUGAUGGUAUCGGCGUUGUCGAUAUUGCCAUUCAACGUCGCCCAUCUGGUCCAGAGUGGCUUUUGAACGCAAGCACAAGCCCAUUCCUUGCGGAACUAUCAGAAGCAAAAGACGUUAAUAUACGGAGAUUGAGACUGAUCGUUGAUACUCUGAAGUGCCGUGCAGUCGUUUCACAUAGUCGAAAGGGAGCAGAACCAUUCUUUAGCGGUGCUCGACCUCCCAGCGAUGCAUGGGUUGAUUCGAGUUUCCUCGCUAGAUCCUGGCUGACUAGAAGUGAUACUCGCGCUGCUGACACGAUGGCAUACUUUACCAAAGCAACCUAUAUCCCAUUCAGUGGACUGGCUGGGGGAUUAUCUCUCUGUGUAUUCAAUCGUCUUAAAUUUGUCGGGUUUGAUAUCUUCCAUCCUCCCAUACCUUAUCCCUGCUGCAAGCAGAUUGAAGUUCAUUUCGACCGGACACCUGACCGUGUUAAGAUUAUCACUUACGAUUCUGUUUCUACAGAAUUCAAAUUUCCACAGUUCUAUGUCAACCAAGAAUGGCUACCACCUCUGCCGGAAGCUUUUGAGGGGCUCGCUCAUGAACUAUUGAACGAGACUAUCGUGGAGAACGUUCUGGGCCUUUGGCUGGAGGAGACCUUUGAGUGCACCCCAUUACAUCUUGGAGUCGUUGUGUCUCGAAGGGAAGAUCUCAAAAACACUGUUGUUCAUGAUGUAGCCUGA